GGCGUAGAAGGGGGGUCUCGUUGUAAUACCUUCCUGUUUAAUGUAAACCAUUUUUUUGUAACGGAGAGAGUGGUUCACUCUUCUGUGAUCUCAGGGACCUGGUAUCUCACAUACACGGGCACAUCCGGACUUCGCAUGGCUUCACACAUGCAGAACGACAGCUCAGCCGGAUUUCUACAUGAGUUCAAGUCAUUCGCCACAGAUGCGAUCCACGUUGGUUCGGAACCGGAGCAAUGGAACUCUAUGGACGUAGUGCCUCCAAUUUCAUUGUCGACCACUUUUAAACAACACAGUCCCGGAAAACAUGCGGGUUUCGAGUACAGCAGGAGUGGAAAUCCCACACGAAACUGUCUUGAAAGAGCGGUUGCUGCUUUGGAUGGUGCAAAAUACUGCCUUGCUGUUGCCUCUGGGUUGGCUGCUUCUUUGACCAUCACACAUCUUUUUAAGGCUGGAGAUGGAAUUCUGUCAAUGAAUGAUGUUUAUGGAGGUGAGUGA